UGGUGCCAGUAUUAUUGAAAAUUUGCACUAUAAGCAAAUUUAUGAUCGAAGAGAGUGCGAAAAGAACGUGCUGGAAAGUGUAAAGGCAAAGAUGGAAUUAAUACGAGCUAGCAACAGAGAAAAUUACAAAAAGGCGAAUGCAACUAGACAGCAUUCGGAAUUCGAUUCAAGUGAGCAUAUAAGUUCGCAGGACGAUAAUAUUAGCGUAUCAUCUCAAAACCCAAUAAAAACUAUAAAGUCAAAAUCUAUAAGCUUAACACACCCAUCACCACCUAAAAGAAGAGACUUACGUCUUCACCCGCAUGCUGUGCGUACAGGAGACUACUAUAUGUUUGAGGAAUAUAAUGAUAUUGAUGAACCUAUUUUGUACGAAGAGCAUGACUUUCUGGAAAAAGAGGACACACGUCAAAUGCUUAUUUAUUCUAAAAAAAAAUUUGAUCACGGAACGUCCCACGGCAGUAGCGGUAAUAUAAACGACUAUAGCUCGGAUUCUGAAAUUGACUUCGAAACGCAUCCAAUAAUUAAACUAACUGCUGAACUUAUUAUGUUAGUGACGUUUCGGUUAAACCGGCUAUCCCGUAACUAUCGUUUUGUGCACAAGGUACUGUCGGCAGAGAAAAAGACGUUACAAGACAUUAGUACAAUGAACCGGCUUGGACUAGUCAAUACUGCAGCGAUGUUCAGCUUUUUAAAUCAAUCCCUUUACGACAAACAGUUGGAUGCUAUUAAUCCUCCCCCAAAAGAGUCGACGCCUGAUUUGAUAUCAAAGAGCGAGGAUUUUACGACACUCAAUCAUAAUAAUUUUGUACAAAUGUUAAUUUCUUUGUGGUAUGCAAUUAUUGCCAAUACGGAAGUGGUCAGCUAUUUGGCAGUAUUCGUCAACCAGGCUGCAAACUCUUCAAUAAUUUCGUUGCCAAUGCCUUUUCUGGUCCUUUACUGGGGUGCCCUUACAUUACCGCGUCCAACAAAGAAUUUCUGGGUAACGCUUAUCACAUACACGUUGGCAAUGAUUUUUUUAAAGUGCAUAAUGCAUCAAAAAAUCGUUCUUGACCCUAAGCUUAUAAAACUGGCCAAGACAACAGAUUUUGAGCUUUUUACAAAGCAUGGCAAAGCGGUAUAUGAUCUUUUGCUCUUGGUUGUACUAUUCUGGCACCGUUAUAUGCUGAAAAAACAAGGAAUUUGGAAUAUACCAAGGUCGGAAACGGACCCGGUACAACUUAACCAAACCAAUAGCAAAACUUUUAGCAAGGAACGACCAACAGAUAUUUUAAAGCGACUCAGGGAAGAGUCAGGAAGUGAGCCUAAGGAAACUACUGUCAAUCGCUCUAAUACAAGUGAAUUGGAACGGGAUAUUGAUGACUUAUUACGACCAGGAAUGGAAAAUAAAUAUGUUUAUCAUAACAUCGAAUCAGAGAACUAUCGCGUUGCCAUGAAAAAUUUAGAACAUAAAGGUGGUCCUUCGUCUGCAAUAAAUAAAUUUUUUCUUGCUCUACUUCACAAGGCACGUUUAUCUACCGAUGUAUAUACGUUACUGUUCUUAUGUGAUUUCAUAAAUUUCUUUGUCUUGUUAUUUGGAUUCCCAAAGUUUGUGUAUCGUCAUAAAUAUAGCACAAGCGUUCUAGAGACAUAUAUACAAGGAAACAAGGUGCCAUUCAGUUUCCUUUUUAUGCUCGUUGUUCAAUUUGUUACUAUCGUAACGGAACGUGCGAUAUACUUACGAAAAGCGUUGGUUGUCAAAAUCGUGUUCCAUUUCGUAACGGUUAUUGGAAUACAUAUAUGGAUGUUCUUUUUGGUGCCAUAUGUUACAGCGCACAGUUUUGGGGCUACUGCACCAACCGUCUUUUAUCUUAUCAAAUGCCUUCAUAUGUUAUUAUCAGCCUAUCAAAUGCGUUGUGGUUACCCAAGGCGCAUUUUGGGAAAUGUAUUUACAAAAAGUUUUUCUAUGGUUAACUAUGUAGCGUUUAAAGUUUACAUGGAAAUACCAUUUCUCUAUAUUCUUCGAACAAUGCUGGACUGGUUAUGCAUUGAUACCACCCUUACAGUUAUGGAAUGGAUUAAGAUGGAAGAUAUUUUCCAAUCUGUAUUUAUUGUGCGUUGCUAUAGGCAAAUGGAUGCAGAUUUCCCAGUUUUACGGGGAGAGCCUAAGGCGUUUUAUGCUAAAUGCCUAAUAGGUGGAACUAUUAUAUUAAUAUUAAUAGCACUCAUAUGGAGCCCGUUAUUUCUUUUUGCCCUUGUCGGAACAGUGGGCAAACCGAAUGUUCCUCGCAGAGCUGAUAUAGCUGUUAAAAUUGGACAUUAUGAACCUAUUUAUGUUUCUCAAAGUUAUUCGGGUAUACACCAGUUUACUGAAGAUAACUAUAAAGAGCUGAUUAAGAGCUUUAAUUUCGAUAUAUUUGCCACUGAUCACAUUAUGAUAUAUGAUUCCGUGGAUAUUACCGCAGUUAAAUUUGAUGCCAACUCAGUGACAUUAUGGAAUAUGUCACCACCUGAUAAGAAACGUUUGUUGAGCGACUUAAAUACAAGUAAAAAAAUGGAUAUUCGAAUAAGAUUAUCAUUUAAUUGCGGCGUUAUGACUGAUACAAUACUAUAUGAAACAACAUACUCCCUUACCAAGAAUAGGGAAUUGACUCGUGAAAUGCUCAUAAAAACGUUGUCUGACGAAAAUACUAAUGAAAAAGUCGUUGUACCUGAAAUAUUACCAAAAUUCAUUACAGUUCAGAAAAUGCAGGUGUAUGCAAAAUUUAUCAAAGAUUUCGAUGCCGCUGAAAACCGCACUUAAGGCAGCGGCGGUGCCACUUUUAUGAGGUGUUACAAUUAUUUUCAAUACAGC